GAUAUACUCACCUGAUGCAACAAAAAUUGCAACCGGCGGAAACGACAAGAAUGCAGUCGAAAUCUGGGACGCAAAGACGGGCAAGCUGCUUAACAUGAUCGUACAUAACUUCAUAGUUCGGAACUUGGCAUGGACGUCCAACGGCAAGAAACUCAUCUCCAGUUCACACCUUAUUAGGAUAUUCGACACAGCCACUUGGCAGGAGAUCGCCACUCUGGAGGGUCACACGCAAGUUGUCUACGCCAUCACCUUGUCUUUCAAUGAACGUUUCCUUGCAAGUGCAUCAUGGGAUAAAACAGCGCGUCUAUGGAACCUCGACACAAACCUUCCAAUCGGACCACCUCUCCAGCACAGAAACGAUGUAAGCUGCGCAGCCAUUUCCGCUGAUGGAAAGUUGCUAGUCACUGGUUCCGAAAACGAAAACGCAUACACAUGGGACAUUCACGCCAUCCUCAAAGAAGCUGGUCUUGAAGACCUCCUCCAACCUUUACUUGAUGUUGCAGCUCAAGAGUCAUUAAUGAAUGCGGAUGCCACGCAAGCCAUGGACGAUGAACUUUGGCCAGGAUUUUUCGACAACGUCACAAACGGUGUUAAUCGCUCCAGAACGUACGGUCACAGUUCCUCUUCCCGCCGUCCCCACCCUCUCGCAGCUUCUUUGGGGAGUGCGGGAGCACCCUUCGGACGCCUUUCGUCGCUUUUCCGCCGCUUUCAACACCACACCAAUGAAGAAAUCGAGCUCCCGCAACGCCGAGCUAUCUUUUUUCGUCGCCGUCCUCGUGUCGUCGAAGUUGCUGCAGUGAAAGACAGAGAUGUUAUAUUUACUGCUCCACCGCCACCAGAAAAAACACAGCAGCAAAACCAAUCACACGCGCAGGGGUCGUCCACGACACAGCCUACUCCAGGGUCAUCUCGUGCUUUUUCUCUGCUGCGCAUCUCCACAACACGCCAAUAGAAAUGCACGAUCGACGCAGCAGCAGCAACAAGGUUCAGAAGGUCAAGCCCAGGGCCAGGCGUCAUCAUCACAGACUGAGCCUGCCACCCCCUCGACAUCCACGGCACCUCCUGCUUCUGC